AUGUCCUCUCCAAUCUUCUUCUCCUUCCUCCUCUUGGGGCUCGCCGGAGCCGCGGUGGCGCUCGACAAGGUGCCGGAGAAGGACCGAUUCAGAUUCAUCAACGAGGGGGAGUACGUCGACGCCAUCGCCGAGUACGACGCUACCUACCGCGCCGUGAGCGUCGUCGGAUCGCCCUUCCAGCUGACCUUCUACAACACCACCCCCAAUGCCUACAAGCUCGCCAUCCGCAUGGGCACCCCACGGUCUGGGUCGAUCCGGCGGUGGGUGUGGGAGGCCAACCGGAGCCGCCCCGUCCGCGAGAAUGCCACCGUCUCCUUCGGCGCCGACGGCAAUCUCGUCCUCACCGACGCCGACGGCACCGUCGUCUGGUCCACGGGCACCGCCAACAAGGGCGUCGUCGGCAUUCAGAUCCUCCACAGCGGCAACAUGGUGCUCUACGACAAGAAGGGGAGGUAUCUCUGGCAAAGCUUCGACUACCCCACCGACACCCUUCUCGUGGGGCAGUCCAUCCCGGUGAAAGGCGCCGCCAAGCUGGUGAGCCGCAAAUCGGAAUCCGACGGAUCCCCGGGGAUCUACAGCUUGGUGGUGCAGUCCGAGGAGCCCAUCCUGUAUGUGGACGCCUCCCCCAAGCCUCUCGUAUACUUCAACAACUCCGUAGUUCGGGCCACAUUCGGUUCAGGGUCGAAAGUCCCGGGCACCUUCACAUGCAAAAGCGAAGAUAACGUGACCUACGAAUUGUCGUUCGGCUAUACUCUGGUGGUGACCAAAUACGACAGCAACCUAUCGUUUCUACGGUUGACACCGGAUGGCGACCUGAUCGUAUACACCUACGACGAUAGGGUCGAGUUCAACGCCUGGGAGAAGACCUUCUCUCUUUUCAGCCCAGAUCAGUUCUUUUUCAGUUCCAGCGCCUGCUACAAGCCCAGCAAGUGCUUGCCUCUCGGGAUCUGCGACGGCGAGCAGUGCGUAGCAUGCCCCACGGCGAAGGGUACGACGGGAUGGUCACCGCGCUGCGGGACUCCGGUGAAGAAGACCUGCGGACCGGCGGCGAAUCCCAGCUACAUAAAGGUGUCCGGAGUGGAGCAUUUCCAGACGCAGUACUCGGACGGCCUGGGGAAGCUGAGCCUGGGGGAGUGCAAACGGAGGUGCAAUGUGGACUGCAACUGCCUUGGUUUCUUGUAUUGGGAGGAGAGCUCGAAGUGCUGGCUGACACCGGUCCUGGGCACCCUCAACUCGGUGAAAAACCAGAGUCACGUCGCUUACGUCAAGUCCUCUUGA